AUGGGCGUGGCGAUCGUCGUCUCCAACCUUCUCAUCAUAGCUGCUUUCCUCAAUUUUAAAGGUUUAUCUAACGAAGUAAUCAACUACUAUUUGCUGUCCUUGGCCGUAGCAGAUUUACUCUGUGGACUCUUCGUUGUGCCUCUGUCAGUUUACCCAGCGAUUACGGGGCGAUGGAUGUUUGGAGACCUAAUGUGUCGAUUGGCCGGCUACGUAGAAGUGACAUUGUGGUCCGUCUCAGUCUAUACCUUCAUGUGGAUAUCAGUUGACCGGUACCUGGCCGUGAGAAAACCUCUCCGUUAUGAGACGGUUAGUGCGACGGUACAAACUCGUACCCGAAGUCAAUGCUGGAUGGUGUUCACAUGGAUCUCUGCGGCUAUGCUUUGCUGUCCUCCUCUCCUCGGAUACAAGAAGGAAGCUAACUUUGACAAGGAAACAUUUAUUUGUAUGUUAGAUUGGGGCACGACGUACGCGUACACAGCUACUUUAGGCAUCCUCGUCCUGGGGCCUAGCGUCAUUUCAAUCGUGUAUAACUAUUUCUAUAUAUUCUCUAUGAAAAGAAAGUUACAUAGUGGCGCGCCGAUUCACGACAAGGAGUACGCGACAGCUUUGGCAGAAAAUCUUGCGAACCCAAGUCAUUGGAUGAGCUUUGUUUUGGUCACCGCAUUCUGGCUGAGCUGGGCCCCUUAUGCCGGCGUCAGGUUGUACGAAUACUUCACAGAUCAAGAGUUAAAAAUUCCAAUGCUUCAUUUCGGGGUUGUGUGGCUCGGUAUAUUGAACUCAUUUUGGAAAAUUGUUAUCCUAAUAUCUCUGAGCCCUCAAUUUCGCCUUGCAUUGCGAAUACUCUGCCUUACAGCUUGCUGUCGGACGAAGGGGCGCCUUCAAGCUGAAUUGAUUGGCAUGGACAAUGAUGAU